AUGACUAUCAGCUGUCUGAUACGAUCGCGGUGUACGCUGGCCGCCGCGAAAUCGUUCCUGGAGAACGUGAAAUCAUACUCCAGCCAUGCGACAUUCGCGGAACACAAGCAGCUCGAGAAGAUCCGUAAUAUCGGCAUUUCGGCUCACAUCGACAGCGGCAAAACGACCUUGACCGAGCGGAUCCUGUUCUACACCGGUCGCAUCAAGGAGAUGCACGAGGUGAAGGGCAAGGACAAUGUUGGCGCAACGAUGGACUCGAUGGAGCUGGAGCGGCAGCGCGGUAUUACGAUCCAAUCGGCCGCGACGUACACGAUUUGGAAGGAUCAUAACAUCAACAUUAUCGACACGCCCGGGCACGUGGACUUUACCGUUGAAGUGGAGCGUGCUCUGCGAGUUCUUGACGGUGCCGUGCUCGUGCUGUGCAGUGUCGGAGGCGUUCAAAGCCAAACGCUCACCGUGAACCGACAGAUGAAGCGAUACAACGUGCCCUGUUUGGCGUUCAUUAACAAGCUCGAUCGGAUGGGUGCCAAUCCGAACCGAGUGCUGGGCCAGUUGCGCUCUAAGCUGAACCACAAUGCAGCGUUCGUCCAGCUACCGAUCGGGGUGGAAAGCAACUGCAAGGGCGUCAUCGAUCUGGUGAAGCAGCGCGCUCUCUACUUCGAAGAACCGUUUGGGCUGAAGAUACGCGAGGACGAAAUUCCGUCGGAUAUGCGCGCGGAGUGCACGGACCGGCGCCAGGAAUUGAUCGAACACCUCUCAAACGUGGACGAGAAGAUCGGAGAACUCUUCCUCGAGGAGCGGCAGGCUACCGAACAGGACAUCAUGGGUGCGAUACGUCGAUCCACUCUCAAACGCGCCUUUACUCCGGUGCUGGUGGGCACGGCGCUCAAGAACAAGGGCGUCCAACCGCUGCUGGAUGCAGUGCUGGACUAUCUACCCCACCCGGGUGAGGUUGAGAACGUGGCGCUAAUCGAGAAGAAGGACGAGGAACCACAGAAAGUCGUUCUAAAUCCGGCUCGCGAUGGAAAGGACCCCUUCGUAGGACUAGCUUUCAAGCUGGAGGCCGGCCGUUUCGGACAACUAACGUACCUACGGUGUUACCAGGGAGUACUCCGCAAGGGGGACAACAUUUACAACGCCCGUUCGGGCAAGAAGAUUCGUCUGGCGCGGUUGGUCCGGUUGCACUCGAACCAGAUGGAAGAUGUCAACGAGGUCUACGCCGGAGACAUCUUCGCUUUGUUCGGAGUCGAUUGUGCCUCGGGUGACACCUUCGUGACGAAUCCAAAGCUGGAGCUCUCGAUGGAAUCGAUCUUUGUGCCCGAUCCGGUCGUUUCGAUGGCGAUCAAACCGAACAAUUCGAAGGAUCGCGAUAACUUCGCCAAAGCGAUUGCGCGCUUCACAAAGGAAGACCCCACGUUUCACUUCGAGUACGAUCCGGACGUGAAGGAAACGCUCGUUUCGGGCAUGGGUGAAUUGCAUCUUGAGAUUUACGCGCAGCGAAUGGAACGCGAGUACAACUGUCCCGUGACGCUCGGCAAGCCGAAGGUGGCCUUCCGUGAAACCCUGACCGGUCCGUGUGAGUUCGAUUACCUGCACAAGAAGCAGUCCGGCGGCCAAGGUCAGUUCGCUCGGGUGACGGGAGUCCUCGAUCCGUUGCCACCGCACCAAAACACAAGCCUCGAGUUCUCGGACGAAACGAUGGGUACGAAUGUGCCGAAGCAGUUUAUCCCCGGUAUCGAGAAGGGCUUCCGCCAGAUGGGCGAAAAGGGUCUGCUGUCCGGGCACAAGCUGUCGGGAAUCAAAUUUAGGCUGCAGGACGGUGCCCACCAUAUCGUAGAUUCCAGCGAGCUGGCCUUCAUGCUGGCGGCUCAGGGUGCGAUCAAGAGUGUGUUCGAAAACGGCAACUGGCAAAUCCUGGAACCGAUCAUGCUGGUGGAAGUGACGGCACCGGAUGAGUUCCAGGGCACUGUGAUUGGGCAACUGAACAAACGACAUGGUAUCAUUACGGGAACGGAAGGCGCAGAAGGAUGGUUCACGGUGUACGCCGAGGUGCCGUUAAACGACAUGUUCGGAUACGCUGGCGAACUCCGCUCGAGCACACAGGGUAAGGGCGAGUUCAGCAUGGAGUACAGUCGAUACUCGCCUUGCAUGCCGGAGGUGCAGGAGAAAUUGGUACACGAUUACCAGGUGUCACAAGGACUAGCCGUUGAUAAGAAGCAGAAGAAGAAAAACUAAACCACGUGGUGCUUAAAAGAAAAAGAAAAACCUGUACAUAAUAGAUUCGUUUGCUAAAAUAAACUAAUAAUGCUAAGACAAUUGUACGACAAUUCGAAUAAAACGGGACAAAUGAUUCCCUGGAAACCGAACG